AUGGCUAUCCUUUCACUGGUCUCAUGGGCUUUCCUCGGUGGAUACCUCCCACUGGUCUCAUCAUCUCCAAGUCCUCUUCGGCCCGCUAGACAGUCGGUUAUAGAGCCAUUCGGAACAACACAUCUUCAAGAUGUGUUUCAAGUUUAUCAACCCGUCUCUAUGGCCACGGGCGGUAGCUGCGACCUCGAUAUGCUGCUCAUGGAGCAUUCGUUCGGCUCCAGUUACGGGGCCCCGUUCGUAGGGAACUACCAGCCCCCAGGUUGUGAUUUUGAUACCGUCCGGAUCAACCUCACGGUCACCUCCCGUGGUCGUCAGUUUGAUCGCUUAGCACUCAUGUAUUUGGGAGACUCGGAGGUCUUUAGAACUUCCACUGCCGAGCCAACGGCAUCUGGUAUCAUCUGGACCUAUAUCAAGGAGAUGUCACAGUAUAUUGCUUUGUGGAAGAAGCCUCAAAAGCUCAUCUUUGACCUGGGCAAUAUCAUCUCAGAUGUUUAUACCGGUCCUUUCAAUGUGACUCUGACAGCCCAUUUCUCCUCUGAAAAUACUGCGACACUUGCAGAUAUCAUUUUGCCAAUCUCUGCUCAAAGAGCGAACUCGAACGCUGCCAGUGCUUUCACCCUACCCAAUGAUAACGCGACGUCCCUACACACAAUCCCUGCGGAGGUUUCCCGUGCAGUUGUUUCAAUCUCAGCCUGUGGUCAAGCCCAGGAGGAAUUUUGGUGGUCAAAUGUCUUCACUGAGGACACCGAGGAUUUCACGGGGACUGUGGGUGAGCUUUAUGGAUACUCACCCUUCCGCGAAGUUCAAUUGUAUAUUGAUGGAACCCUUGCGGGUGUUGUCUGGCCUUUCCCUGUGAUCUUUACGGGAGGUGUAGCCCCCGGGUUCUGGCGGCCCAUUGUCGGUAUUGAUGCCUUCGAUCUGCGACAGCCAGAGAUUGAUAUUUCACCGUUCUUACCAAUCCUUCAGGAUGGUAAGGAUCAUUCCUUCGAGAUUCGUGUCACUGGUCUGAAUCUUUCCGAAGAUGGAAGGGCCACGCUCUCUGAAACUGUCAAUUCGAACUGGGUGGUAACCGGAAAUAUUUUCUUGUUCACUGAAACCUCCACAUCACCUACUGUUGCUUCUGAAAGCAUAGCUCCCCGUGUGGAGGCACCGGCCCCUGAAUUCAAAAUCACCCGAAACCUUGUCCAGAACAAGACGGGAGGCAACGAGACACUGGCUUAUUCGGUCAUCGCAGAGAGGACUUUCAGCUCCAAAUCAUCACAAUAUUCGUGGUCUCAAAGCCUGAAGUUCUCUAAUUACGGGUUCUUGAACCAAGAUGGAUACAGUCAGGUCAAUAGACAGCUCACGUCUGGCACAAACGUCAUCAUCAAGCUGGGAGAGAAUCCCUCGUCAAAUGAGACCACCUUUGAGUAUCCCUUGGUGGUCAACGCAACUUACGGUAUUGGAGUCAAUGUAACGUCCAUUGACGCGUGGAUGCAGCGUGGCCUUGAGAUCCAUAGUACAGGAGGAUCGAGCAUAUCGACUUUCUCUUUAGCCGCAGGUCCCUCUAAGCUCAUGACAACUCAGUCCGGAAAGGCACACUACAAAUCCGUGGUCGGAGAGAAUUCUACAUCAUCAGGGAGCACGUCGGAUCAUUUCCAGAGCACCAUGAACGGGAUUGGAUACUCAAGAGCCGUUAAGGCGGUCAAUGGCGUUGUCGUCGAUGAUACUGAAGGCGCGGGCAAGGUACAAGAUCAGUCUCAGAUCUCGAAUGGCUUGGAUGGGCUGGGUAGAGAUAGUAAAUCGCGCAAAAUGGGCGUGGUCGCAGACGAUUUAUCGUUCUCUGCCCCAGCUCCUCAGUCAUUACUCUCCACACUUGAGCACCAGAAUGCGUCAAACGGAGAUGAGCCCCCCACAAAGCGGCGCAAGGUUGGCAGGAAUGGCCCGUUCAGCCUGUCAGACACCGUAGGCCUCACCUCAGCUGGAAUACCCGUCGGAUACAUUCCGUUAGCUAGAUUAUCAUUGCGCAUGAACUUCCAAAGCACCACUGCAGCUCUAUCAGAUCAUAAAUAUUCCUUUCCAGUAUUGAUUGAGUUCACCACCAUCGAAGAUGUGGACAGAGGUUGUUCUAUCCAUAAAAUCAACCUGAAGACUGUUGAUGCCGAAAGCAAGCCGUUCUUCCAUCAAACGUUCGAUAACUCGAGGGCAGAAAUCUUUGAGCACCUGAAAUAUACGAACGGCCUACCCUCUGCUCAUAGGUACUCGAACCGGGAGCCAACAGCCUGCUACCAAGCAGUACUAUCAUCAACAGGGGGCUCAUUUUGCCUUGAGGUAGCCAUUUUAUGGAAGAAUUCAUCUAACAUCCCUGACUUUAAUCAUGUACAUGACUCAGUGCUGGAGGUAUUUGGUAAAUAUGCCCUAGGCGGGCAGGCGAAGGCGGACUCUCAAUCUACGAUCCGCGAAAAGCUAUUGGGAGACCCAACGCAUUGGUCUCCCCGGGAAUUUUACAAGAGUGUCCACGUACCACCGAACACAGAAAGCGCGUCUGCCGAAAUUGUAUGCCCCGAGUUGGCCUGUAAACUUUUCCCUUUCCAGCGAAGAGCUGUCCGUUGGCUCUUGUGGAGAGAAGGAAUGGAGCUACGGCCAGACGGGAAGGUUGUGCCCGUCAGUAGGGUUCAAGAGGGUGUGCUUCCAGCCUCUUUCAAGCAGAUGAGAGACGCCAAUGGACAAGUUUGCUAUUUCAGCCAUCUUUACUUGACGAUUACCACUGAUCUUGCGCCGUGGGAUGAUGCAGCUCAUUACUUGAAAGGUGGGAUUCUCGCCGAGGAGAUGGGUCUCGGGAAAACUGUUGAGAUCAUCACCUUGAUGAAUUUGAACCGGCGGCCCGUCGAGGUAAAGCCUGAUCCUGAUGGAUUGCGAGCGUCGAAGGCCACUUUGAUUAUCACACCUCCUGCGAUCCUGGAACAGUGGAGGCAAGAAAUCCAACAGCAUGCCCCUCAUCUCCAGGUGCAUCAUUAUGAGGGCAUCAAGCGUGGACAGGAAGAUUCCGACCAUCUGACCAUCGAGGAGCUCGCAGAAUACGAUGUUGUUCUCACGACAUACAAUGUAAUUGCUCGCGAGAUCCAUUAUUCCGGAGUAAACCCCGGGAGGGCUUUACGUCAUGAGAAACGUUUCGCACCUCGAAAAACACCAUUGGUUCGUAUUUCGUGGUGGCGUGUCUGUCUUGAUGAAGCACAAAUGGUUGAAAGUGGCGUCAGCAACGCAGCCAAGGUGGCUCGGUUGAUUCCGCGACAGAAUGCCUGGGCUGUGACUGGCACACCGUUACGUCGCGAUAUUGACGAUAUUUUUGGCCUCUUGCUCUUCCUCCAUUACCAACCAUUUUGUCAUUCUAAUGCGACAUGGAAACGAUUGUAUUCCAGAUUUGGGUCAGUCCUAGCGCACAUCAUCAAGGCUAUCACGUUGCGGCAUAGCAAGGAUCAAGUGCGUGAUGAGCUCAAGCUGCCACUUCAAAAGAGGGUUGUCAUUACUACUCCGUUCACUGCUAUUGAGGAGCAACACUACGGUCAACUCUUUGAAGAAAUGUGUGACCAGUGUGGAUUGAAUGCGGAAGGAGCACCCCUUCACGAGGACUGGGAUCCGGAGGACCCUGCCAUUGUUGAGCGAAUGCGUACCUGGUUGACGAGGCUUCGCCAAACCUGCCUUCAUCCCGAGGUCAGUGGGUUGAACCGGCGAGUUCUGGGUGCUAAUAAUGGUCCCCUGCGCACUGUUGACGAGGUUCUCGAGGUCAUGAUGGACAACACAGAUGCAGCAAUCCGAAAUGAAGAGAGGUCGUUGCUGUUAUCUCAACUCCGUCGUGGACAGAUCUUGGAAAACGCCAAACGGAGGAAGGAAUCUCUUGCCAUAUGGGAGGCAGCUUUGAAACACUCCACCCAACUGGUGGAGGAUAGCAGAGCCCAGCUUCUGAUGCAUAAGAACAUGCUUAAAGGCACACGAAAUACCACCCCCGAAACAGCAGAAAGUGAUGACGAGGAAUCAGAUAAAAAUAAUCGCGUCGGACAAUGGCGAAUACGACUUCGCUCUGCUCUGGAGAUCCAGCAUAUUGCAGUUUUCUUCACUGCCAACGGAUAUUACCAGAUCAAGUCGGAUCCCCAAUUGACACAGCCUGACUCUGAAGAGUUCAAAGCUCUCGAGAAAAAAGAAGAAGAGGGCUACGAAGCUGCCAAAAUAAUUCGAAAGGAACUGUUAAGCGAUAUAUCUCGAAAGGUUGAGCAGUAUAUGCAGCGAAUCAAGGAUAUGGUGCGUGACAAGAAAUUUGUACAGAUCCCCAAAAUGAAGCCACACAUCUACAGCAGGGGAAUCGAAUCCCGAGGUCUGCUUAACAGGUUUGAAGACCUCUGUGAGGCUUUGAACAAACAUGCCGAGAAGUACAUCGAAUGGCGUGAUAUUAUGACCAAGCUUGUUUCGCAGUCACUCAUUGACCAAGAGGAAGAUGCCCAGCUUGAGGGAGAUGAGUAUGAGCGAUCAACAAAACACCAGGAUGAGAUGUAUGUCUACAUGGAGGCUCUGCGGACGAUGUAUGCCGACCGACAUGAUGCUCUUACUGGUCAGACCAACGUCCUGAUUUCUCAUGAGAUCAAAGCUGGACUUGUCCAAGCACAAAAAGGCGAGGGCCCUUCUCCACAGCUCUACAUUUCCGUCGUGAACACCCGCGAUAGUUUACUACCACCAUCUGGCGUGUCUCUUCGUGGAAUUGUAAGUGAGCUGCGCAGUAAAGCGACUGCACUUGAAUGGGAUGCGAGCGAAGGAAAGUCUUGGGCUCGUGCAGAACUCGAAGUAGUGUCACAGGUCUUGAAGAAUGCCGGCCAGAUGAUAGCUGAUCAACUGAAAGUGUCGUCGCAGUUGGAAAAAGAGGUUGAAAUAUUUCGAGACACGAUGAAUAAUCGACUCGAGUACUAUCGUCAUCUGCAGCAAAUUUCAGAUACAGUCGCUCCGUACGAUGAGGAGAACGCCGGGAAACCUAUGGAUGAAGAGCUGUUUGCCACAAAGUUGAAGCAAGAAGAGGGCAUGGAGCACAAAAUUUCUUCGCUAAAAUCCAAGAAACGAUAUCUACUUCAUCUUCGUGACGACGCCAACUCAGACGAAAAUUCGCGCAUCUGUAUUAUCUGCCAGUCCAGCUUCGAAGUCGGUGUUCUCACUGUCUGUGGUCACAAAUAUUGCACUGACUGUUUGCGGCUAUGGUGGCGCCAGCACCGGACUUGUCCCAUGUGCAAAAAGCCACUAAAACAUAACGACUUUCAUCAAAUAACAUACAAACCACAAAAAAUGAUUGCCCAAGAGGAAGAGCCUAUGGUCAAGUCUGAUUCUGAUUAUGAAAAGCACUCAAGGAAUGCCAUCUACAGUGAUAUUAGUACGGGCCUCCUCAACGAGAUCAAGACCAUCGAUCUGGAUGGCUCCUUCGGAACCAAGAUCGACACUUUAGCCCGCCAUAUCAUUUGGCUCCGAGAGUCCGACCCGGGGGCAAAGUCGAUUGUAUUCUCUCAGUACAAAAAUUUCUUGGCGGUCCUGCAAAGGGCCUUUCAUCGAUUCAAAAUAACGAGCAGCAGUGUCGAUACCAUGGGAGGUAUUGAGAAGUUCAAGAAGGAUCCUUCGGUUGAGUGCUUUUUGCUACAUGGUAAAGCCCAAUCAUCAGGCUUAACUUUGAUUAAUGCCACCCACAUCUUCUUGUGCGAGCCCCUAAUCAACACCGCAAUUGAACUUCAGGCAAUUGCGCGUGUGCAUCGAAUUGGCCAGCACCGCCCAACCACAGUAUGGAUGUACUUGGUCUCUGGCACUGUGGAGGAGUCUAUCUACGAAUUAUCGGUGGCUCGGCGUCUCGCCCACAUCAUGGAGAAGGAGAAGCAGAAGAACAAUGCAGCAGCCGAACCAUUAAUUGAAGAUCUCACCGAGACUGCCAUCGAUUCUGCCAAUUCUAUGGAAAUGCAGGAUGCUCCUCUUACGAGAUUAAUGACCUCCGGUGUUUCGGGGGGAGAGAUGGUUAAGAAGGACGAUCUAUGGCAAUGCCUCUUUGGAAAUGCUGCGCGGAAGAAUGAAGCUGAUUUGGUCGAUGCCGAACGAGAGGUGGGUCGAUUCCUUCGGGGAGAAGCCGCGGAGACCAGAAGAGAUGGCGUGGGUCCCACCGAUUAA